AUGGCCUACUCUAUCUCCGCCACGCUACUUGGAGGGCAUCGCAGGCGUUCGAGCCAGAACUAUCUUGAGGCCGUCAACGCACUAGGCCGGUGCCAAGAUGAGGCCCAAACAACAUCAGCAGCGACCGCUCAGAUAUGUACGGGUUUCUCCAAGUCGAUCAGCUUGGAUGUGAAGAAAGGCCUCCAGAAGUGUGCGACGUUCCCACUCUCAUCUGGUCAGGCUCAGCAGGAGGAUGGUUCAUGCUGCCAUGCAGAUGAUGGGCUCACGGUUGCUCCUGCUUACGAGCGCUCUGUGUCCUUACCUCAGCCAACUUUGAAGCUCAUCCCUGCUAUGAAAGGAGGCCGUGAAAAGAAUGGAAUAGCAUCACCAACAGAAAAUCGCCAUGUCAAAUGGGCUCCUGAUGUGUAUGACCCCCCUGUGACAUCGGUAUGCCAUUCAGUGACUAACAGCUAUCAGCGUCGGUCAAAACACCGCAAGAAGGAGAAGAACAAACAGAAGAAGAAACAGAAGGGGAAGUCAAAGAAGAACCAACAAAAUUCUACCCAAAAUUCAUCUGUACCGCAGGUUUCUGAUCUCGGGUUGAAAGGUGUUAGCACCACUGGUGGCCAGUCUUCAGUAGACGAUCUCAGCAAACAUGAGGCCGGGAUCAUGGAUUACAGCAUGGGCAGUCAGGAAGCCAAAUGUGGAAGCAGCUUCCUGCUCGAGGCUGUUGCUAAAAUGCAUUUCUCGAUCGCUGAAGCUUCCUGA